AUGGGAUCAACCAAGCCUAUCAAUCGUGCUUGGUGGAAGGAGAGCUCAGUCUAUCAGAUCUGGCCUGCUUCUUACAAAGACUCCAACAAUGAUGGCAUUGGGGACAUUCCGGGCAUUAUCACAGAGCUCGACUAUAUUAAGAACAUUGGAGUCGACAUUGUCUGGUUAUGUCCAUCGUAUAAGUCGCCCCAGGUCGACAUGGGCUACGAUAUUGCCGAUUACUACAGCAUCGCGGAUGAGUACGGCACGGUCGCAGAUGUCGAGAACUUGAUUCGAGGAUGCCAUCAACGAGGCAUGAAACUUCUGAUGGACCUUGUUGUCAACCACACUAGUGACCAGCACAAAUGGUUCAAGCAGUCCCGCAGCUCCAAGGAUAACGAGUUCCGCGACUGGUACUUCUGGAAACCCCCGCGCUUUGACGAACAGGGUAAUCGUCGCCCUCCAAAUAACUGGGUCUCUCAUUUCCAGGGAAGUGCUUGGCAGUUUGAUGAGCAUACAGGCGAGUACUUUCUUCAUCUUUAUGCCACCGAGCAGCCCGAUCUCAACUGGGAACAUCCACCUGUGGUUAAAGCCGUCCACGACAUUAUGCGGUUCUGGCUCGACAAGGGCUGUGAUGGCUUCCGCAUGGACGUGAUCAACUUCAUCAGCAAGGACCAGGCCUUCCCAGACGCGCCCAUUCAGAACCCCCACAGCGAGUGGCAGUGGGGGGGACAAUACCUUCAGGGCAUGGGUCAAAUUCUGAAGGAAUAUGAUGCGUUCAGCGUCGGAGAGAUGCCUUUCGUCAAAGACGAGAAGGAGGUUCUCCGGGCCGUGCAAUUCGACCGCAACGAGAUCAAUAUGAUUUUCAACUUCGAGCACGUCGAUAUUGAUCAUGGCAAAUAUGACAAAUUUGAGCCCGGCAGUUGGAAGCUCACAGACCUGAAAGGAUUCUUCGAGCGUUGGCAGACAUUCAUGUAUGCCAAUGAUGGCUGGAACGCUCUCUACUGGGAAAACCACGAUCAACCUCGUUGUGUCGAUCGCUUCACCAAUGCAGACGAAAAGCAUCGUCUUGUAGCAUCGAAAAUGUUAGCUAUUGCUUUGGCACUGCAGUCUGGGACUCCCUUUGUGUAUCAGGGGCAGGAGCUGGGUAUGAGCAAUGUCCCUCCUACCUGGGGUAUUGACGAAUACAAGGACAUCGACUGCCUCAAUCACUGGAAUGGAGUCGUCAAAGCAAAGAAUUACGACGCCAAUGCCCAAGCUAUUGCUCUCCAGGAGUACCAGAAAAAGUCCCGAGACAACGGCCGCACCCCAGUGCAAUGGUCAGAUGCCCCAAACGCAGGUUUCACCGGCCCUAAUGUCAAGCCUUGGAUGUCUGUGAACCCAAAUUACGUACGCAUCAAUGCUGCUGCUGAAGUCAAGGAUCCCAAUUCGACUUACCACUUCUGGGCGGCCGUUCUCAGACUGCGCAAAAAGUACCUGGACAUUUUCGUCUAUGGUGAUUGGACUAAUGUUGAUCGCUCCAGCGAGAAUGUAUUUGCGUACACUCGCCAGUAUGAGAGCCAGAAGGCUCUCGUGCUGUGCAACUGGACCGAGAAGAGUUUGGACUGGGAUGCAUCGAGCAACGGCAUCGUCAAUGUCAAGGAGGUGCUUCUGAACACCUACGAAAGUGCAUCCGAGGCCACACAACGCUUCUCUGGCAGAAAGUGGUCGCUCCGACCUUAUGAGGCCGUUGUUCUACUAGUGUAG